GCCAUUUUUAUGCAGGCAACGCUACAGAUCAGUUGAACCGACAUGUCAAGUCUAUAUUACCAGGGUGGCGAUCUAGCUAGCUGGCUUGUAUUUUCGGUAGCUGUUAUCCAGUUUCUGUUACUCGGAAACGCUAUUUACAACUUAUUUUUCCACCCGCUUGCAAACGUCCCGGGGCCGUUCUGGGCCCGCGCCAGCGGCAUUCCCUCAUGGUACCACGCAAUGCGCGGAGAUCGCCACCUAUGGCUAUGGCGGCAGUUCCAGGUCUACGGGUACCGGAUCAGGCCCGAGCCUAACGCGGUACUAUUCCAUGACCCUAAUGCGUACGUUGAUAUAUAUAGUAUGAAGUCUAACGUUCGACGGGCUCCCUUCUUUACCGCUUUUAAAAGGGUUGAAAGCGAAAAUACAACGUUAACUGAGAUCGACGUGGCUAAACACGCCAGAAAACGCAAGUUACUUGCCUUAGGUUUUACUGACCAGUCAGUACGCUCUGCUUCCGAGUUUGUAAUUAAGCAUAUCGAUCGCUGGACCCAACUUAUCACGCAAGAGAUUCAAGAUUGUACAAACUGGUCUACUCCUCAAGACUUUUCUAAAAUGAUAGACUGCUUGAUUUUUGAUAUUAUGGGAGACCUUAGUUUUGGCAAGUCGUUUAAUAUUAAGGAGCCUGGGAUUAAUCGUUUCAAGGUCAUCCCACAUAGCAUUACAGAGAAUUUGCGCUUUUACUACCCGAUAUGUCGCUCUCCCUUUUUACAUAUAUUGCUUUGGCUCAAGCCGCGAGGUUUAAACAAAGUGUUUGAACUUGUUAGCCCGCCAGCUGUUCACGAGUACAACAACUUUGUUUAUCAAAGCGUGACUGACCGAAUUACCUUACAACGUCAGCAACCUGAGCGGCGCCAUGAUAUGUUUUAUUUCCUUUAUGAGGCCCGGGAUCCUAAUACAGGCCAGCGGGUUUACGAAGAGGACGAGCUCCGAGCAGAAUGCAGCUUGCUGAUCACGGCUGGGUCCGAUACAGUCAGUAUCAGCCUCUCGAGCAUUUUCUUUUACCUGACCGGUGACCCGCAACGGUGCCAAAAGCUUACGAACGAGAUCCGCACUACAUUCCAGUUAGCCGAGGACAUUGUGCAUGGCCCGGUACUCCAGGGCUGUGCUUACCUCCGGGCCUGCAUCGAUGAAGGAAUGCGGCUCACGCCCGCCGUUGCGAGUGAACAUCCGCGUGAAGUGCUCACCGGCGGGCUAAGAAUCCUCGGAGAGUACUACCCUGCGGGCACCAUUGUAGGCACAGUCCCAUGGGCGAGCUCACGCGACCAGGCAGUGUACGGGGAUGACGUAGAGGAGUUUCGGCCGGAGCGUUGGAUCGUAGACGUAUCCCCUGGCGGGACGACCAAGGAGGACCUGGUCCGGUACAAAUCCGGCUUUCACCCCUUCCUCUCCGGACCGGGCGGUUGUAUCGGAAGGCACAUAGCUAUGAUGGAGAUGACCCUCAUUAUCGCCCGCACGCUACACCGCUUAGACGUCAGGCGUGCGCCUGGGUCUACUCUAGGAGGCGGGCGGCCAGGUCUCGGGUGGGGUGCUACUGAUAAGACGCAGUUACAUGUCGAGGAUGCAUAUGUUUCACUCCGCUGCGGACCUGAGGUCCAAUUUAGGAAGAGAAUCUUAUAA